AUCCGGUUCCAUCCGGUUCUCCCACCGCCCCCGCCGCGGGUCCCAGCAGCUCGGGCGGCGGGAGGAGCGGCAGCGGCCAGGCAGCCCAGGUUCGCGAAGGCUCUCGGCGCGCCGCGGCCCGCAGGCACCCGGCACGCGCCCGCCCUGCCGCGACGAUGCCCAAGAGGAAGGUCAGCUCCGCCGAGGGGGCGGCGAAGGAGGAGCCCAAGAGGAGAUCGGCGAGGUUGUCAGCUAAACCGGUUCCUGCAAAAGUGGAAACGAAGCCAAAAAAGGCGGCAGGAAAGGAUAAAUCUUCCGACAAAAAAGUGCAAACAAAAGGGAAAAGGGGAGCAAAGGGAAAGCAGGCUGAAGUGGCUAACCAAGAGACUAAAGAAGACUUACCUGCAGAAAAUGGAGAAACUAAAAAUGAGGAGAGCCCAGCUUCUGAUGAAGCAGGAGAGAAAGAAGCCAAGUCUGAUUAAUAUCACACACCUGGUCCUAUCAGUGGUCCCUGUUUCCCUUCUUGUACAAUCCAGAGGAAUAUUUUUAUCAACUAUUUUGUAAAUGCAAGUUUUUUAGUAGCUCUAGAAACAUUUUUAAAAAGGAAGGAAUCCCACCUCAUCCCAUUUUUUAAGUGUAAA